CCGCCAUUCAACGAGCUGCCGCCGUCGCGAGCGCAUCGCGCGUUGCGUUUCCGUUGUGUGUAUCAUUUUUAAAUUAAUUUUUCUACUGUGUAACCAAUCAUUUUGUGAGCGAUUGUGUGUCGUUUUUGCAUCUGUGAACGCUGCCCAAGACACCAUUGGACCAAAGCGUGUGCCGUGGGGCCCCACAUUCUGCCGCAGUGUGCACCUUUUCCGGAUUAUGUGGACAAAAUGGCAGACAGUGUUGUGUGUUUAGACGAUGAUGGUAGGGCGUCCAAAUCUGAGACUUGUGCAUUGAGUGCUACGGAGCGCAGCAGCGCGAAUAGCGUUAGAAUUUGUGGUGGAAGUGAUUUGGGGGCAAUGCAGCGCGAUGUACUGAAACCCCCGCAACCCCCAUUGACUGCCCUAAAGCCUCCACCCCCGAGGCUCCUUGCUCCCCCAGCUGUGCCCGGAAGUGCCAGUGGGAUUGUGAGGAAAAACCUCGGGGGUCCGUCCACUUCAACGGCGGGUGCACUGCUGCCACCCAGUGAUCCUGGAGCUGAUCCCGAAAGUGAGGAAUGCCGUAAGAAACGAUGCGCCGAUCGAUAUGAUUCCUCAGAAUCAUCAGACAGUGGUGUGGCUGCCCUGAGUUGCACAGACUCCAGCACAACAUCAAGUGAUACGUCCGAUCCGGGAUCGCCGUACAGUUCAGCCUCCCUGGAGGAGCUUCAUAGCGCCACAAUGGCACCAAGGCAGGGGCAAUCCACACCAUCGACGACGUCACAGAUUACCCCACAUCAGUGGCCAUGGAGUAGUUCUCUACCAUCACCCAUUACUCCCGCCAGCGCAUCCAGCACAUCAAGCAACAACAACAACAGCACGACAAGCAACAACAACCUCAAGCGAACGGACGGGGUGAUAAAGAUGCUGGACACGCCAAAGAGGAUACGUCUGGCGGAGAAGAAGACCUCAACGCCGAAUGCGAAGCUGGUCGAAGAGGUAACGCCGCCACAGACAAAGAUCACGGGGUACUUCAAGACGCAAAUGAAGCCCGUGGUGACGACAAAGAAGGAUCUCACGAACCUCGUUAUACGAUCUCGGGAAUUCCCCAAGGCCAAAGUGGAGACACGGAGUCAGGAGGCGCGGAAGAAGAGCGAGAGGAAGACGAAGCAGGUGCCAGCAGGAGGUGUUGCGGGGCCCAAGAAGGUGGCAAUUUUCAAUAAAUUGCCAGUAACACCGCCUAAGCGUCCCGUGACCAUUGCUCCAAGGGUGCCGACUGAGAAGAAACCCAUAGAGCAGCUGAAUCAUCAACCAACUGUUGUCCUGACGGCCAUCAGGCUUCCUCCUGGUGCCACACACACAACAUCAUCUCUAGCACAAUCGACACCCUCCACAGCGGGUCAAAUUCACGCGGAGGCUGUGCUGUCGCCAUCAAAGGCAGCACAGAAGGUGAAUCCCGUGUUUCAGGUGCCCGUGGUGUCGAACUUCGUGCAAAUACCAAAUAUCCUGACCAAAGGCACCACGACGAAUCUCCUGAUGAAUGGUGGGCACCUGGCACGAAUCAAUGGCACCCACCCGGGGCAGUACUUCCUUAAUGGGGCGACUGUUCUCAAGCUGGCCACCAGCAAUACCGGCACACUGACAUCCAUUGAUGAGAGCGGGAAGUCAACACUCGUGCCACUCACAAAGACACCCUCAUCGGCAGCACAGUUCCCCGCCAACGGAUUUGCAUCGCCAGUCUUCAUGACAACACCACAGGGGAUCCUCCUGAAUGCCACACUGCCAACGGUGAUAUCAUCGCAAUACUCCAACCUCAACCAGAUACAGACCACUGCCACAAAUCUUCUGCCCAGCUUCAGUACACUCCUGCAGCAGACGCAGCAUCACCAGAGUCAGGCGUCAUGCUACCAAUACAACCAGGCACCACCCGUUGUGCCAAACAUUCCAGCUUCUGGCUUCCCAGCCAGUUUCCCAAGCUCCAAGAUGCCCCAGGCAGCAACAGUUACCGCCGCGCCCACGAUCACGGAGGCACCACCCAAAAUGUCUCCGGUUACGGUCAAUGUGGACGCCACGACGCCCGUUGUUCCGCAUGUGGAUGCCACAACAACAACAGCUGAUCUUCGUUCACCAACACUGCCAACACAGACCCCCGAGAGACCAGCCGUACUGCCAUCCCCCAUCUCCUUGGUGCUGGAGAAUAUUCAAAAGAAAACUUUCCCCGAUCUCGAUGAUGAGGAGCCGAAACCCAUUGCGAAGCCACCACUCAAAUCCCCGCGCAUCGACACUGAUCUCCUUUCGGCGAAUCUACCUGAGUGUGCCAAGAGUCCGAUUCUGUCGCAACCGAAGACCAUUCGUUUCCCACCGCAAAAUGGGGAGCUUCUGCCCAAGGGUGCACGGAAGUCCGACGGGAGGAUUGUGGGGGUUUGCUACUGGGACCAAUGUACAGCGCGAUUUGAUUCAAGCUCGAAAUUGCUGGACCAUCUGCAGACGCAGCACGUGACACCGCAAACGGUGCCCUUCUCAUGCCUCUGGGCAGGAUGUAAAGUCCACUCGAGGCAAUCGUGCUCGAGACGGUGGCUUGAGGGGCAUGUGCUCUCCCACGGUGGCCCCAAGCCAUUUAAAUGCAUCUUCGAUGGAUGUGGACAGAGAUUUGGCUCGAGAGUUGCCCUGGAGAAGCACGUAAAUAGCCAUCUCAACACCACGGAGAAUCACAACCAUUCUGCCAACAAGAGAUCCUCAGAUGUGCCCGUGCCGAAGCUUAUCCGGAGGAAUGGCAAGAAGCUACGGUAUCGACGACAACCAUGGUCUGCCCGGAUGUUUGAUUUCUUCGAUUCGGGCAUCAUGGAGGGUCUCCAGCAUCGUUUGAAGAUCUCCAGCUCCUACACUAGUGGCCCCGAUGGUUCAGUGAUGUUCACCGGACGAAGGAUGGGGCGACGUGUAUCUCCAAGCGGUAUUACGGAGAUCUACGUCACCUGGACGCCAUGCAACAUAAUCUCUGACGAGUGGAUCCAGGAACCGAAGGAUACCAUCUCGCCAAUCACCAAGACUGUGGCGAUUGAAUCGCUGGCCAUCAGUGAGCGAAUCGCACUCCAGGCGCACCUGCGAUCGCUGUACAGGCGCGACCGGAAGUCCCUGUUUGAUAGCAGCUCGGCGCCAAAGUUCAAAGUACUGAAGACCGUCGUUACGGCCACCGGGAGUCCCGUAGCCAUUCUCAAUGACUUCUCCGUGUGCCCGCGGCAGAGUCGGAAGCACCAUCGGAAGCCGCCGAAGAAGGUGCGACCAUCGUGACCAACCAUGGGAGCACCUCGCCUAGAUUUAAGUUCAAUCGUUCGUUUGCUCGUGCAAAAGUCGCUAAAGGACAAACCAACAAGUGUGAGUGAAUGCAAUUGAGACCACGCCAGCACACGGACUCUCCCACGCUGCCCAGGAUCUACGGAGCUGACCUGAGAAGGGGGUUCAACGGGUCAAUUUACACAGCGAAAAGAAAGAGAAGCCAAGUAAGUGUCGAAGGGGAAAAUUGCCUACAUAUUUUUUCCUUCAGUUCCAUAAUACUUCACAUUGAAAUAAAUGAAAAAUCCUUUAUUUCCAACGUUUUUUUUAUUUUGAAGGUAGUUUAGGACCUCUUUUGUAAAGAAAGAAAAAUUUCCACGAAUGAAAGGGGAAAUUUAGUUUAGAUCAAAAUGUAGUUAAUUUUACAAAAAGUUUUUUUUUAAUCCUCUUAAAAGGAUUUAUAUAAAUUGCUAAUCGUAAGGGCCUUUCAUUUAUUAACUUUGUGCGAUAUAAAUUUUUAAAAAGAACGGAGACUUUUGAAUUCCACCAAAAUGUGCGAAAAUUAAAAAUUAAUUUGGGAGGGAAAUAGGCCGGUUGUCUAUUCCUAUAGAAGAAACAUAACCGGAAUAGAUUAUGAUUUUCUUUUCCUAGUUUUGAACAAUUUGUUUUGAAGUUUUGAACUAUUCUAAUUUUUUUUUUAUUUAUUAAUAUUCUGUGAUCAAUGAAAAAGCAGUUUGAUCAGUAAAAUAGCGUUUGUCUGAUUAAUUUUCUGAAUUUUUUUAAAUCAUAAAAAUCAUAAUUCUAACUAAAAAAAAUACAUAGACUUCCGGCCUAUUUUGUAGAUCUUAUUCUUUAAAAGAAAAUUAAAUUAUAUUUAAAAUAAAAAAAAAUUGAUAGAAAUUUUUCAAAUUAUUAAAGAAAAUUCUAAAGUCGAAAGCAUUAAAUUAGGUUUUUAUUUCUAGUUUUUUUUUGCGAAAAGUGAUAUUUUAUGUACACCGUAUUUCAGCGAUGAUCUCAAUUUUUAAAUUAAUUUUUAUAACGAAGAAAAAAAAACAAAUUAAGAUUUCGAAGUUCAUUGUCAUUAAUUUUCAGGCAUUACAAAAAAUGUGGGAGUAGAUUGAAAAAAAAACUGCGAAAAAAUUCAAUUUGUAUAGAAAAAAAAGAGAAAAGUAAAAAUAAUAUAAUAUUUAGCACACAUAAACACGAUAGUACAGAAGUUUAAUUGUAAGAUCAAGCGAUUUAUAUGCGUCUCGAGUUUUGUAAAGAAAAACAAAAUGGGAAGACUUUUCAGCUGAACAAUAUAGGAAGGAAAAUAAUUGAAAAAAAUAGACCAAAAUGCAAAAAAAAAAUAUUUUGAUAGAAAAAAAUGACAAAACAGUAAAAGAAGCUCUCAAAAUUUAUAUUUUUCGACAAAACAAACCAUUAGGAGAUGAGAAACUUACUAAAAGCAAAAUCACAAAGUUUUUUAAAGUUAGGGUCGCGUUUCAUUGUAAAAUUGAAAGAAAAAAAACAUUACCAAUAUUUAAAAAAAAAAAAGAAGAGAGGAAAAAACUAAAAGAUAAAUCGCAAAAUUUAGUGGAAAUCCGUAAAUGAUAGAAGUUUAAUGGAAGUACAUUAACUAAAAAUUUAAGGCUAAUUAUUGUAAAAAUGCAUUCAACAUUUUUUCUAUUAUAAAUUUUCAAUGUGCUUCACACACUUCUAUCGGUAGCUGACCUUUAAAAAAAAGAGAAAAAAACCUAAAACCGUAAACUUAAAACUUUCCCGGAAAUGCCUCCAUUUUGAUGUGUAAUGUUGUAAAUAAUAUAAAAUCUAUAUUAAACUAAAAAAAAAGAAAGAAGGAAUUCCACAUGAAACAAAAAUUAACAUUAAGAAAAGAAUUUUUGUAAUAGGAUCCUCCCACCCUCAUCAAAUCCAUCGUAAAUCGUAAAAGAAAAAAUUAAGGAAGAGAUAAAAUAACGCAGAAUUUAGUAACUCCUUUCGGAACCACAAAGUGACUAAUUGGCUAAGAAAAUUAAAUGUAAAGGAAAAAAUAAUUUAUCAAAGUGCGAGAACUGAAAGCGAAAACAUUAAUUAUACUUUUUAAAUUUUAAGAAAACACUAAACGAUUUAUAUUUAAUGAUGAAAAACGAAAAGGAAUAAUUGAUAAAAUAAAAAAAAUGUCACUGCCAACAUAAUGACUGAUUCCAUGAGAGAAAAGAGGAACAAACCUUCGGACAAAUUUAGUAAGCGUCUUGUAAGUAAAAUAUAAGAGUUAUUAAAAGAGGAAGAACCUUAAAAUAAGAACGUUACAUUUAGGCAAAAAAAAACGCGAGGAUAAAAAAAUACGAUUUUUUAGGAAAAAAAAGAAAACAUUUCGCAAAAUCAAAUGAGGAUAUUCAAAAUUUUUUAAUACGCCACUGCCUACAGAGAAUCAAGACACUCAUUAACAAAAAAAAUGCUUUACAGCAGUAAUUUGUCACGGCAAUAAUUUUUAUUAUUUCAUAAAGAAAAAUAUUUAACUUAAUUGCAAAAAAAAAAUGUCAAAAACGCGCAAGAGCUUUUGGAUUUGCUCGUUUCCAAACUCACAAAGGGGUUUAAAUUAUGGGGGUGAAAAUUUAUUUAGAUAAACAGUCAAAUGGGACAUUUGAGAAGUUUUCAAAAUGGCGGAACUUUGCUUUAGGAAAACUUUGUAGUCAAAAUUUUUAUUUUUAGCCACAUCAGGAACUGGACUUUGAUGUAAAGAAGAUGAUUUGAGUAUUUUGAUCAGGAAGGAAUCAUAACAUCUUGAAUAUUUUUUGAUAUUUCGUGUUUCUUUGUAUCCUUCAUCAGGUAUUUGGAAUACGAAGCAAAAUUAUCUUUUCCUACAGCUCCUGAUGAAGGACUAUAAAUAACUGAAAAGUCAGUCAGUCCCAUCAGUACAUAGUCCGGCUUUGCGGGAAUACUCCCUUCUCAUCAAAAUAUAUUAAAUUCAUCGAAUUCUAAACAAAAAAUCAAAGCCAGAAAUUUAGAGAAAAUACCGAAGAAAUUUUAGUUAUUUUUUCCACUAAACUGCCAUUUUUGGAAUUAUUUCGACUGAUUAAUUUUUUAAAGUAGAUUUAUUAUUUUUUCAUGAUUAAACUUCAACAGGAAGAAGAAUUAGUUUAUGAUGAAGGAGAAAUAAAAAAAUUUAAUCGGUCAAAGUGAGAGGAUUUAAAAAAAAAAAGGAAAAUGCAUUUAAGGAAGGAAUUUAAGAAAAGAAAAUUGAAAGGAACAAAUUAAUAAAAGGAAUCCAUGAAAGGUUUCGAAUGAACUCACGAGGAAGCUGAAGGUGUAGAAUUAUGGGAAUUAUUUAGGAUGAAAAGAAGAAGAAAAAAAAUACAUACCUAGUAUUGUUGUAAUCGUUGUACGAAAGAAAUGAAGGAUUAAAGGCGCAAAAGGUGAAAGAGAUUGCGUGGUUUAAUGCGGUACGUGUGGACGAAUUGUUCUCUCUCUCUGGGAGGUUUAAAAGCACUUUAAAUGGUCGAUAUUUAGUGAACUUUUUAUUGUCUCUUUGGUGACUUUUGAAGUUUUUUCUUAAACUUAUUAAAAAUUUAAAAUGUGAACAAGUAAGGAGGAAGAAAUGAACGUUAGAAUCUUUAAGGAAAGUAAUAUGUUUCGGUAAAAAAGAAUUGAAAUGAAUUGGAGCGAUAAAAAAAUGAAUUUUAAAAAAGGAAAAUUAUAUAUUAAUCGAUGGAAAUGUUCUGAGAGAAAGAUGAAAGUUGGAGAGAGAUUCUUAAAAGAACGAGAAAAAAAAGAUGUAAGAAUUGUGUUUAGUCAAAUUGCUAUAAAUUGUAAUUUUUUUGUGUAACUGGAAUGGUAAGAACGGAAUAUGAAACCAACACCCUCACUAAUGAUGGUUUUUAGUGAGUUAAAAAAAGAAAGAAAAUAAUUUAAUUUCUGCCAAAACUACAAAAAAAAAACAACUUUCCCCCUUUAAAUUGUUUGUGACUUAAUGAACAAUUUAUCCCUCUUUUUCUGUAAAUAGUUAAAUGGUUUUAAAACUCAAUUAAAUAAAAGAAAAUAUAUUACUUUAAUAAAAAAAUGAAAAAAAAAUAUAAAUGGAGCGUGACGUGAUGGAUACCGAAGAGAAAAUUAUUAAAAAGUAAGAAAAGAAAAAGUUAGAAUCAGAGCAAAGUUUCAAUACCAAAACCUCUUUGUAAAUUUUUUGUUUUUAAUUUAAUUUUUUUUUGCCUCAGUGUCAUUCAUAGAAUUUUCUUUUCCGCAACCUCCUUUUUAGAGAAAAUGAAAGAAAAAGGAUCAAUAGAAAAAACUAUAUAUGAAAUUUUAGAGAGUGGAAAUUAAAUGUGAACGAGCGUGAGAAUGAAGUGUGAGAAAAAGUAAAAGUAAAUAGAAUUAAAGAAAAGUGAAAUAAUCAAUUUUAUGGGAAAUUAGAUAAAUGCUAAUUUUAAAUAAAGAAAAAGGAUAAAAAAAAACUGAAAACAAUUUAGUAAAAAGAACAUCAUUUUGCAAUAUUAAAUCGCUGUAUUGAUCUCCGAAGAUAGAAAUUAAUUAAUCAGAGAAAUCUUGAAGAUAAAAUAUAUUUUGAAUGAAGAAUUUGGCUAUUUUUCCGUAAAAAAUAUUAGGGAACAGAUGGCGCUGUAAAAUAAGGUAUAUUUUCCAAAGAUUUCGACUCUUUUAUGAAAUAAAAUUCAAAUAAUUUUACCAAUUUUCCCCAGAAGAACGUAAAAAUGUAAAUUUUAUCACAUUAAAAACAUAUUUUAUCUACAAAAUUCACAGCUACCUCUCUUGAUAAAAAAAUCCAAAUUCUUCAGCGACAUCUCUUGAUUUUAUCUUCAGGAUUUUUUUGGUUGAUAAAAAGAAAUGCGAGCGAGAAAAUACAGAACAAAAUGUAAAUUAUGUUUAUUGUAUCAAUAUAUUAUUAUUUUCUUCUUUAUUAUAAAUUAUUUUGAAAAUAUUUUAAAAAUGAAUUUAUUUCUUCUGGAAAAAAGAUAAAAUAAAAAAAAAUGACUGAAUAUUUUGUAAAAACUAAAAUAAAAUAAGAAAUUGGAGAACGUUGAUCAAAAGAACAAAAAAAAAUAGCGCCAGAGUUUAGGAAUGAAGAAAAUUGCAGAAAAAAAAAAUGAGAAAAUUGAGAAGGAAUCAGAGCUAAAAUCUACCUCAUUGUGUAAAGGAAAAUUUUGCAAAAAAAACCUCCCCUAAAAGAAACGAAAAUAAAAUGCAUGAACAAGUUGAAGGAAAAAAAUAAUAAAUAUAAAAUUUAGUUCUAUUUCCACCGACUUUUUUUUUAUUAAUUUACAUUUUUAUAAUUAAGUGAUUAAUUUUAAUGAUUUGUGUAUGAUUUUUUUUUAAAUAUAAAUAUAGGAAUUUCGUGAGGAAUUUUUUGAAAUUAUUUUUUUCUGUAUAGAGAAAUCGUAUUAAUAGGAAGUAAAUAGCAUGGCGAAAAAUAGUAAUUCUUAUACAAUAUUAAAAGAAUUUUUUAUUACGUAAUGUAUAAUUAAAGAAAAAUGAUGAAAUGCUUAGAUAUCAAUCCUCAAUCCUGUAUCAUUCAUAUAAUUAUGAAAUAAAUGACAAAAAGACAAAGUGAAA